AUGGCCGACAACAACCAUUGGUACUUGGUACCUCAACCCACCCGCCACAUCCUGACUGACGACAAAAUCUACCAAAGAUGCACUGCGAACUUGAGCAAUGGAUUCCUCGAUUUUCGUGGAUACUUUCGCGUUAUAUGCCUCUGGGGUGGGGAGGCACGCUUCAUUCAAGAAGAACACGUCACAGGCCAAUUGUUCAGGGCAUGGCGCAAGAACAACCCGGCCGCCCUCUUCGACUUCCGCCAGCGGGCCAUCAAAGCUGGCUACUGGGAUCCCAUUACAAACGAUCUCCGACGUACCAUCUUCUACUACGGGCAAUAUUUCCAGCGUGUCAGUUUAUACCAGGCCGUAGAGGUCUUUUCACACAACCCUCAGCCUGAACAUGCCAAAAAAGCACAUACUCUUCCCUUUGCGGAGAAGUGGCCUGCGUCUCGGGAACUGUGGACGGCCACCGGGGGACUUGGGCUGGGCCGCAAUCUUGAGACCACCAAAUCGGGCAUCGAUGACCGACCCCUUUUCGACGACGUCCACGCCAAUAUCUCUAGAUAUUUUGAAGGGACCAUCGACGGUGACCAAGCCUUGUCCGCUGUCUGCGAAACUUAUCGCUCCUUCCCGGAUGCCGUCAAAGUUUUGAGGGAAAAGUUGAAUUCUCCGGGACGAAUCGAUGCCCUCAUCAGUCUCCCUUCGUCUCCCGCUGCGUCAGCCGAAAGGGGCCAAAUCAGCUCCCUUUCUGUACAGACCCUUAUUUUUGAUGGAAAAGCGAUCAUGGCGCAUCCUGCGGUGCUAAACUUGAUUGCCGGCUUCAUUCGUAAACACAUUCUCGGCAACGAUUACGUUCUUCGGUCCGGCCGCAAGCUGGAGCUGGACCACAUCAUCGGAUUUCUCCAUUUUGGUAACCUUCUGUGUCACGACAUGGCUAUGCGCAACUCCUCUUCUCGGCUCGAGGUUUUCAAUUUGCUUCGAACGCCAGGAGUCGAGACAAUGGAGCAGCGCAACAGCCAAGACGAUAUUGACCGCGCCGCGGUCAUUACCGAAUGGAUUCAUGGCCGGUCCGUUGAAUGGUUGGCAUCGAAUAGACCAGAGGAGGAUGUUAUCAAAGAUCGAAUCAUGCUACUGAGGUUGACGAGAGCAACGGCUACCCAGAUUCGGUGAUACUAGGGCCAGGAUCAUCUCGAGCUUACUUUACUACUAUUGUAUGUUUACUUGGGUUCAGCGAAGCCUUUAGCCUAUGAAUGAGAAGCGCUUCUUGAAGUUGCAGAUUCUGCCCAGCCCACUUGCGUGUAUCCUGUUGGCAAUUGCAUGCUGGCCUAAG